ACGAUGCACAUAAGGUUUGAUUUAUCAUUCAGUUUGACUAGUGCACUAAAAGAAAGAUGAACGUGUAGAAACACAUCGACGGAUUUGUCAAACUGAAUCUUAACUUUAAAGUCAACAAUAUUUGCAAUUGCAGAGAAGAUAAUAGAAGUAUGUUUAUAGCGCACGAUGGUGCAGAUAAGUGAGGCAACAGAGGGUCCGCAGGAGGGCCAAAGGGUCAGCCGGUCGCGCGAGGCCAACUGGCCUGCUGUGCUCUUCUUCAUACACAUACACCUGCUCUCCGCCUACGGACUAUGGCUGCUGUUCUUCGAGGUCAAACUUAUGACCAUAUUACUCCUAAUCACGCUGACAUUAUUCGCCAUACUGGGUGUGACGACGGGCGCUCAUAGACUGUGGGCCCACCGCGCGUACAAGGCCACGCCAGCGCUGCGCGUCUUCCUCGCCUUCUGCCAAACCCUGGCAGGACAGGGUCCAAUAUACGACUGGGUCCGGCACCACAGACUGCACCACGCGCAGUUUGGCACCAAUGGGGAUCCAUACGACCACAGACAGGGCUUCCUGUACGCUCACAUCCUCACGCGGAUGAGGAAGCUCAGUCCUCACCAGGACAAACUUCUGGAGCAAAUCGACAUGUCUGACUUGGAGAGUGAUUCUAUUGUUAUGUGGCAGAAGAGGUUAUACUGGAUACUGUACGUAGUAUUCUUCCUGCUGCUGCCACUGAACGCGCCUCUCGAGUACUGGGACGACACGGUGCUGGCUUCAUUAUUCGUGGUCGGCUUCCUGCGGUACGGCAUUAUCUUGCACGCCGCUUGGCUCGUCGAAAGCGGCAUCUGUGUUUGGGGACUGCAGCCUGGUGAAAAGUACCCACACGACUCGAACUCAGUGUUCAUACUGGCUAAGACAUUCUGGCCUCACUAUCACUACCUCAUCCCAUAUGACUACAAGUCUGGAGAAUUCGGUACAUACGACUGCGGUUGUUCAACCGCGUUUAUCCGCGUGUGGGCGGCGCUAGGGCUGGCCACUGACCUUCGUACGGUGGAAACUCCCGCCAUUCAACAGGCCUUGGCGGACGCAGCCAAGAACAAACGACCCGUCAAGGACUCCAUAGAUGACGCCGCUGCUAAACAAACUCUACCUGCAGAACACUACCUCAAGCGAGGAUAACUUUCUCCUAUUAUUUAUUACUUAAAAUGUUUUUAAUAAUAAGGCUUGCUGCACCCAGAGUCGGUAAAGCGGGCCGAGCCGCAGGGUUUGUAUGCAGUAAACAUUAUAAUAUUCUUAAUAAUAAGAAUAAAUGAAACUCGAAUAAGUU